AUGUCGCUCCUAUCUGGCGUCGAAAUCUCAAACGACUGCCUAACCGCAUACAAAAACCUCGUAUUCACACGCGGCGCCGCAAAACCCACUUUCAUCAUCUACCGCAUCUCCGACGACGAGCAGUCCAUUAUCGUCGAAGACACCUCGACCGAGAAAGACUACGAGGUAUUCCUGCAGAAACUCACUUCUGCUGUUGAUGCCGAGGGGAAACAUGCCCCGCGCUAUGCGGUUUAUGAUGUGGAGUAUGAUUUGGAGGAGGGUCGACGGGCGGCUACUGUCUUUAUCACCUGGAUGCCGGAUUCGACUUCGACGCGGACCCGUAUGCUCUAUGCCUCCACCACGGAGCAGCUUCGUCGUGCCCUGAAUGUCAGGGUCUCCAUCCACGCGGACGACCCGCACGAUAUUGAAUGGAAGGCUAUCAUGAGCCACAUGCUGGGUAGACGGAUUUAG